AAUGAAGGCGCCACUCGUCCCCUUUCUCCCUCCAAAAAAAAAAAACCAGGACGUGACCAUAAACAGACGAGAGCGAUUGCCAGCUACCGAGUUCACUCACCUCAACUCACUACAACUCGGAACCUUACAGUUACAACUUACAGGGGAUCAACAAUCUACUUCAAACCCUAGUCAAUCGCUCUUAUGGCGGAUCAGACCUUCAAUCUCGAGCCUCGGAGGGAUUCUUAUGGAUUUGCUUUGAGACCCCAACACGCACAGAGAUACAGAGAGUAUGCUAAUAUUUACAAGGAGGAGGAAGGGGAAAGAUCGAGUAGAUGGAAGGACUUUCUUGAACAGUUCGCAAGACAUUCUCCACCUUGUUCUUCAGAAAAAGAACAUAGGGAGGAGGCAUCACAGGCAGACACUACUGAGACAAAAGUAGAAAUAAUAUCAGAGAGGCUUGGUGAAGGAGAUGAUGCAAGUGACAGAAAAUUGAUUACUAAUGACGAUGCUUCAUCAGAAAGUGACCUCAAAAGAGAGGUGCAGCUUUCAAAUGAAACUAAAGCUAGGAAGGUGCAUACAUGGGCUCAAAUUAGAUCAUCCCUUGGUGUUAUAGAAAAUAUUUUGGGCUCUCGUGUUAAGAAGAAGAAUAUAAAAGAUGAACUGAUAGGAGACAGAGAACUUCAAUCUAUAGAAAAGGAAGGUUCUUUGUCAGAUGAAUUUAAGGAAGAUAUUUCUGUUAAUGAUGUGUUGAAUGACACUGUGAAUGCCUCUAUUGUUGAGGGUGAUGGGAUCUCUGAGAAAGCAGAUACCACUGGGGAAGAAGGGAUUAGUGUUAAUGGGAUCUCUGAGAAAACAGAUACCUCUGGGGAAGAAGGGAUUAGUGUUAAUGGGAUCUCUCAUGGUGAAAGCUCUUCCAGUGAAGAAUUUGUUACAGCCGACGGUGAGUCAGAGAAACCUGUGAAUGAUGGAGCUAUUGUCACUGUUGACUCUGAUAGGGCAGAAAAUGACACUGCAACUGAAAAAGUUAUCGAGGGUGGGAAUCCUUUUGAUCCUAUUUUUCCCUGGAGAGAAGAAUUGGAGUGCCUCGUUCAAGGAGGAGUGCCAAAGGAUCUCAGAGGGGAGGUAUGGCAAGCUUUUGUAGGUGUGAAGACCCGUCGGGUGGAGAGAUACUACCAUGAUUUACUUGCUCAAGAAAGCAACACUGAUAAAAGCAAGGGGAGUGAUGUCUUUUCUGCAGCAGCCAGCAAAUGGAAAAGGCAGAUUGAGAAGGACAUACCCCGCACGUUUCCAGGUCAUCCUGCUUUGGAUGAGAAUGGUAGAAACUCAUUGCGGCGUUUACUUAUAGCUUAUGCUCGACAUAACCCAUCUGUUGGGUACUGCCAGGCGAUGAAUUUCUUUGCAGGGAUAUUACUUCUCUUGAUGCCUGAGGAAAAUGCCUUCUGGACUUUUGUGGGUAUACUGGAUGACUACUUUGAGGGCUACUACACUGAGGAAAUGAUAGAAUCUCAGGUGGACCAGCUAGUCUUUGAGGAGUUGAUGCGGGAAAGAUUUCCAAAAUUGGUUAAUCAUCUGGAUUACUUGGGAGUGCAGGUGGCAUGGAUCUCUGGACCUUGGUUUCUUUCUAUUUUCGUGAAUAUGAUUCCUUGGGAAAGUGUUCUCCGUGUAUGGGAUGUGCUUCUGUACGAUGGAAACCGUGUUAUGCUAUUUAGAACAGCACUCGCACUGAUGGAAUUAUAUGGUCAUGCAUUAAUUACAACAAAAGACGCGGGAGAUGCUACUACUUUGUUGCAAUCCCUUGCAGGCUCGACAUUUGACAGCAGCCAGCUAGUUUUGACUGCUUGCAUGGGUUUUCUGGCUAUAACAGAAGCUAGGUUGGAAGAGUUGAGAGAAAAGCAUCGCCCAGCUGUAUUAUCAGUAGUUGAGGAAAGAUCAAGAAAAGGUCGGGAUUGGAAGGAUUCCAAAGGGCUUGCAACUAAACUUUACAGCUUUAAGCAUGAUCCUGCAUCACUGAUAGAAGAGAAAAAGACUAACAAAGGAGGUGAGAUACUUGUAGAGGGAGAUAAAUCUCAUCUAGAGCCUUACUCUAAUCUCGACAGUUUGCUUGAUAACAUAGCUGUAGAUCCAGAAGUGGAUUCUCUACCAGAUCUUCAGGAACAGGUGGUCUGGUUGAAGGUAGAGUUAUGCAGGUUGCUGGAGGAAAAAAGAUCUGCGGUACUCAGAGCCGAGGAGCUGGAGACAGCAUUAAUGGAGAUGGUGAAGCAAGAUAAUCGACGACAAUUGAGUGCAAGGGUUGAGGAAUUGGAGCAUGAGGUGGCCCUCCUACACCAAGCCCUCUCUGAUAAGAAAGAGCAAGAAGCUGCAAUGCUCAAGGUCUUGAUGCGGGUGGAACAAGAGCAAAAGGUAACUGAAGAUGCUCGAAUAAGUGCAGAGCGGGAUGCAGCUGCUCAGACAUAUGCAGUACAUGUGCUUCAGGAAAAAUAUGAAAAGGCUAUGGCUUCGCAUGCUGAAAUGGAGAAGAGGGUUGUAAUGGCAGAAUCAAUGUUGGAGGCUACGCUGCAAUACCAAACCGGCCAAGUUAAAGCACAUUGUUCUCCGCGGGCUCUGGGAAAUCAAGGAACCACUCAGGAGAACACAAGCAGGGGUAUUUUGCCAUUUGCACUUGGUUGGCGUGACAGAAAUAAGGGCAAACCAUCCAAUGUCGAAGAGUCUGGCGAAACUAAAUCAACUAAUGAGUCAACAGAUGUGGUGAGCACUGCCCAGAAGAAAACAAGUGAGCAAGAGCAAUAGUACUCUUUCUUGUAGAAAGAGAGAUUGUACUUGAUCUGGUUUAACAUUUGCCCGCUUUUGUAUUGUAAAUGCAUACAACUGGCUUCGGAGCCGAUGAUAUGUAUCAAUUUAAACUCAAAACUCACUUUCGUUCUCCCAGGAUUUAGAAAUUGAAAUUCAAUGUAUAUUCAAUCGAUUGGACA